AUGCUGAGGGGAAACAAAAGCCAUGUGACUGAAUUCCUCCUUCUAGGACUGACUUGUGACCCCAAACAGCAGGUGUGGCUCUUUGCCAGCUUCUUGGCCAUGUACCUGGUCAAUGUUGCUGGCAACUCAGUCAUCAUUGCAGCCAUCUGGGGAGAUGCCCAUCUCCACACCCCCAUGUACUUCUUCCUCUCCAAUCUGUCCCUGGUGGACAUCUGCUUUACAACUGUUAUCGUUCCGCGAAUGUUAGUGAACAUGCUGACUAAGAGAAAGACCAUCCUCUUUGCCCAUUGCCUCACCCAGAUGUAUUUCUUCGUGGCCUUUGGGAUCACUGAUAGCUUCCUUUUGGCUGCCAUGGCCAUCGACCGCUACAUGGCCAUUUGUAACCCACUGCAUUACACCACAACCAUGAACCCCAGGCAUUGUCUCCUGCUGGUGAUAGCAUCCUGGGUGGUGUCCCACCUCCACUCACUCACCCACACUGUUCUUAUGGCCCGCCUCUCCUUCUGUGGGCCCAACACUAUCCACCACUUCUUUUGCGAUGUCCAGCCACUGCUAACCCUCUCCUGCUCUGACACCUCUGUCAAUGAGCUUUUGGCCUUCACAGAGGGCUCCUUUGUGAUCAUGACUCCCUUUAUUUUCAUCAUUGUCUCUUAUGUCUACAUCACCCGUGCUGUUCUGAGGGUCCCUUCAGGGGGAGGCAGAUACAAGGUUUUCUCCACUUGUGGAUCCCACCUCAUAGUUGUGGCACUAUUCUAUGGGACCAUAAUAUCCGUGUACAUUCGCCCCUCAUCCACCUACUCAGUGACAAAGGAUCGUGUGGUCACUGUCAUCUAUGCAGUAGUUACCCCCAUGCUGAACCCUUUUAUCUACAGCCUUAGGAACAAAGACAUGAAGCAUGCCUUGAAAAAGCUGAUGAGGAAGGCAGAAUAG